UUCGUUCAAUACCUCACUAUUGAUCGUGUGCGACGGAGCUUUCGUUCAACAGAAAUGUAUGAGAUCAGAAUGACCUAGACGGUGAACAUACAGGUAGCUCAUAGAUCAAUGCAUUUUAUGUACCGAACCCGAACAGUGAGGCCUGGUAGAUGGGUACCUCGACAUAGAUAGACAUCCUCAACGACACAAAGCAAAGUAUGUAAUGGAGGACUAAGCUCAUACAGACGGAGCCAUUGAAACCAAACACCUGUGUUCUAAUUGGCAGAUUAUCACAAAAUGGCCUUUAAUAAUCCAGUGUUUGAAGAUAACUAUACACGUCCAACGAGGCAAAAUGCUAGAAAUGCCAGUAAGGAAGCCACAGUCCAAGACAAGUACAAGGUCAAUAAGGAACCCGAGAGUGCAGACAUUUAUGAAGAGAUUCCAGCCGAUAGGGAUUCAAAGUACCAGACGCUGAAGUCAAUAGGACCUGAACAUGGAUAUGCAACACUUGGAAACAAUUUGGAAGCUAAUCGCCUUAGUUACCAAACUGUUGGAAGACUGAGCAACGUGGAACACACAUACGCUACUCUAGGAAACGGCAGUGAACGAACGUUCGGCGAUAACGCUGUAGGAUAUGACGAUCCACCGCCAUAUGAUACAAUUAAAGCGAACUACAUAGAUGUUAAGCCACAAAAGGGAUCCUUUGUGAAAUCUCUGGCAUGUAAAGUUUUAAUAGUUGUUUUGUUAUGCGUCGCAGUUUUGAUCGGCGGCGUCAUAAUUGGGCUAUUCAUCUCCGGCAAACUCGACGAUGACGAAACUCAUACAACAACUCAAACAACAGGAGAAGUUACAAGAACACCAACAAUACUAGAUAUGGGACAGGGGAGCACGGGAAAAACUUCACAAACAGCUGGAACGGUAAAAUCGACAAAAUCAGUUGAAUUCUCAUCCCCAACGCUGAAAUCAACGACAACACCUGAAUUCUCAUCUUCAACAAUGAAAUCAACGACGACAACACC